CUCACUUCUCCACUGAGCGCAGAGUGGAUGGAGCAGCGGUGCACGGUGGCUGUGCGCCACAGCGAGCGGCUUUCCACGAUUUGCCAUGAGACGUUUCUGCUUUGAUUUGGGGAUGAAAUGACUAAAACGCGGGGAAAGCACGCGCACUCGUGCCAUUCAGCCGGUUUGUGCGCGUCUCUCAUGAGUUUUGCAGUUCCAGAUGAAGUGAAGCCUGCUAUGGAGGACCUCCAGAGUCAACAUGAAUCUGAGCACUGACAAUGCCACAAACUUGUGGAAAUACAAUUCAUCGGAGCCCGAUGGAGCAGCGUCCUCACUGGCCAACUUCACCAACAACUCCACAGGGAACCACACGGAACCCAGCAAGUUGGACCUCACCCGAGCCAUCCCGCUCGGCUUGGUGCUGGGGGCGUUCAUCGUGUUUGCCAUCGCGGGGAACAUCCUCGUAAUCCUCUCGGUGGUGUGCAACAGGCACCUGCGCACCCCGACGAACUACUUCAUCAUCAACCUGGCCAUCGCAGACUUGCUGCUGGGCACUACGGUGCUCCCGGUGUCCGCCACCCUGGAGAUCUUAGACUACUGGGUGUUCGGCAGGAUCUUCUGUGACAUUUGGGCAGCGGUGGAUGUUCUCUGCUGCACCGCGUCCAUCAUGAGCCUGUGCGUAAUAUCCAUCGACCGCUACAUCGGAGUGAGCCAUCCGCUGCAGUACCCGGGCAUCGUGACGGAGAAGCGCGCUCUGCUGGCCAUGCUGGGGGUGUGGGUGCUGUCGGUGGUCAUCUCCAUCGGACCUCUGCUCGGCUGGAAGCAGCCGCCGCUGCCGGACGACAAGGUAUGUCCCAUCACCGAGGAGCCCUUUUACGCGCUCUUCUCCUCUCUCGGUUCUUUCUACAUCCCGCUCGUGGUCAUCCUGGUAAUGUACUGCCGGGUCUACAUCGUCGCCAAGCGGACUACUAAGAACCUGGAGGCCGGCGUGAUGCGGGAGAGGAUGAGCUCUGGCGAACUGACCCUCAGGAUCCACAAAGGAUCUCAGGUACACGACGACUCCGGGAGCACCGGCACCGCCAAGGGGCGCGGACACCACUCCAGGAGCUCCCUCACGGUCAAACUUCUAAAAUUCUCCAGGGAGAAGAAAGCGGCUAAAACUUUGGGAGUUGUGGUCGGCAUGUUUACGCUUUGCUGGCUGCCUUUCUUUCUCGCCUUGCCCAUAGGGUCUUUUAAUGUGAACCUGCGCCCUCCUGAUGUCCUGUUCAAAGUGAUCUUCUGGUUGGGAUAUUUCAACAGCUGCUUGAACCCCAUCAUCUACCCCUGCUACAACCGUGAGUUUAAACUCGCCUUCAUCCGCAUCCUCCGAUGCCAGUGUCACCAGCGGAAGCGCCCCGGCUGGAGGGGGUACAAUUACCGCUCCUCCAACUUCAGCUCUUGCGAACACUCGCGCAAAGGCUCAGCCGAGCACAACUCCAGCUUUUUGAAUGGCAGCCAGCGUACUCUGCCGUCCUCAGCCACUCCGAGCCCCAGCUACCUGAGCCAGGGCCUCCCGCCGUGCCCCGAAGGAGAAACAUUAUUCAUCUGGGGGACCACAAGCCCAACGCUGUCCACCCCCAGCAUGCUGAGUGCUAGCCCCACAGACUGCCAGCAGAGAGGAGACAACAAAGGAACGAAACCUACAGAGGGCUUCAGCAGUGGCGUUUUCUCCUUCUCCUUUGGUAAGAGCGCUGACAGGAGAGUCAACAAGCAGACCUUCAUUCCUGAGGACAGGAUGUAAGUGAUGAGGCUUCACAAACUUUGACCUGUUGAUUCAGUGGGUGACCACACAUCAGUGUGUGGGUCGUGAGCAGUGUUCGGUGACAGACUCGUGAAGAUGCUGCUGUGUGAGGCCUAUUGUGUUCUUUCUUACUGUAUCUGUGGUGAAGUGGUGUGUAAGCUUUGUUUCAGUGAACUGCAAGGAAAAACGUUACAAAGAUGUAUUCAAAUUAGAAAAAACACCAGUGUGUGUGUGUGAGACGUGAUUAAAGACAACAAUAAAUUAUGACGGGAAACAAAUGUUUUAUUUCACUUUAAAUUAAAAGUCCACAUGUCCUUUGCAAAAAGACCGAACGUGAGAAAGAAAAGGGUUUCUGUAAGAUAUGUAAUAAACAAACAGUCACAAUUGUGUUGCAUUCACUUGAUAUCUUUAUGGUAUGUUGUGGAUAUAAUGUGUAGCCUGGUUUAUCUGCUGUGCACAAUGAAACGUAAUCAACUAUUUGUAUGUUUGAUGUACGAAACAUUCUGAAUGUCACUUGGAGAACUGUGGUGGAUAAAUAAAUAAAUGUUGCUCAAACUU